AUGACCAACCUGAUCGGCAGUACUGCUUCUCGUUGCCCCAACACCAAGAUCGUUCUGUCUGGUUACUCCCAGGGUGCUCAGCUCGUGCACAACGCUGCUGUCCGCACCUCCGCAGCAAACGCUGCUCGUGUAGCUGCCGUUGUUGUCUUCGGCGACCCCAAGCGCGGACAGUCUUUCGGUUCUAUUGCAACUUCUAAGACCCUCACCAUCUGCCACACUGGUGACAACAUCUGCGAGGGAGGUACUUCAAUCACAGGCGCGCAUCUGAACUAUCAGAAUGAUGCAGGCACCGCUGGUGCGUUUGUUGCUGGAAAGGUUUAG